AUGGGCGAAGAAUUCGACGAGUUGGCAGACCAAGUGGCGAUUUUAUCGACAAAAUUGGUCACGGAAGUGGCCAAGUCGCUGGAGUUAGAGGAGUCGCUUGUACAGCUCAGAAAGGAAAACAGCCACUUGAAGAGUCAGGUUGGGAAGCUCUCUGAAGCAGCCAAGAGAACACAAAGUGCUGAGUCGCGUCUAAAAGAAUUGGAGGAGAAGCACCAAAAUUUGGAAAAGACACAUCAAGAGUUGGGGGAGAAGAACAGACAGCUAGAAGGAGAAGUGGAGGAUUUGACUGCUUCUUUGUUCACUGAUGCCAUGAAGAUGGUCAGUGAGGCUAGAGAGGAGAAAGAAAACUAUAUCAUCAAGAAUAGAAAGCUCAAUGAAGAGAUUGGGGAGAAGGACAGAAUCAUUGAUAAUCUCCAGGAACAAUUGCAAGAUUUAAAGGGUCUUUUCAUGAAGUUGGAAGACCAGCAACGAAGCUCGAAGCACGGCACGCCACAAUUGGAGCAUGGUUUUGAAGGAGACUCCAUGUCCAACCAGGGGGGCGACGAGUACACAUACUUGAUGUCCCAGCUUAUCUAUGCGCCACGCGUGAGAGCCAUCCGUUUUGACUUGGCCAACUAUCAGCAAGACUUCAAGGCAUUUGUUUUUCAGGUGAUUAAGCCCGACUUCACGUUUGACUUGACUUCGUUGAAGAACUUGAAGUACUUCCGCAAAAUAUGGCACGAAGAGCUCGAGCCGGCGCUUGGCUACGUCCCCAGUGUUUCCAACAAUCUCUUGAACAGAGUCUCCAAGGGAAAGACCUUUUGGACCUUGCUCGUGGAGGGAAAGGCAAUUAUUGAGCCCGUAAGUGGGGUCAACGAGACGUUCAAGUUGAACUACAGGGGGUUGAAGACAGGCGACGAAAAACCGGUCGCCAUGAAGGACCCAUGCACCUUCUGUGGAGAAAGCAAAGGUGACAGGCUUGAGCAUGCUCGCUUGUACACCCUCAAAUUAUAUGGGCCAGCUUCGGAAACCACGUUCACAGAAAAUUCGUCCACAACACUUAUAGGAGGAGAAGCACACGAAGUUAUUGGCACGUACCCGCUUUGCAACUUUUGUUUGGUAAAGCUCAGGGCGAUCUGCGAGUUCUUUGCCAAGCUUAGGUUGGUCCACGCCAACGUGUACAAGCUUCAGCAGAACAGUACCUUUGAUGAUUUGGCUGUUGUUUCUCAAUUCCAGUUCAAGAAGUACGACGACCGCACUAAUCACGAUAUCAAGAGGUACGUUAGCAAGAACGACGAGGCCAUUCUCCUCAAACUUUACUACCUCUUGCUCACGAUUCGAGCGAAGAUUUUCUGGAGCAAGAUUGGGUUCUGGGAUACUGAAGAGGACUCAGAGACCGUUACUGUGGACGAAGCACAUAUUGAGAUGUUUCAAAGAAUGGUUAGAGAAAACGUUGCCUUUGGAACAGACAAUCUAGAAGCAAUUGAGCGACCACAAAGUGUGAAUGGAUAUCAGUCGCCUAAGUCAGGUCAGAGAACGCCUAAGACAGUGGGGACGCCGAGAGCAAGUGUUAUUGCAAAAGAACAGACAGAGGAGGGUUCAGGAGACGAGGAAUUUGCUGACUCCAGUGCGUUCGCAGACGCCGAAACGCACGAGAGCCCCUUGCGGAGACGGAAGAGCAAGUCGAAGGCAUUCAAGGCGAAAAUUGACAAGGACUUGAGCUCGACAAUGAAGAUGUUGCAGGAAAGUCUCGAUGAGAACGAGAGGAGAGAGGAAGAGAAAAAGGAAGAGGAGAGAAGCGAAGUGGAGCGGGAGCAGCAGAAAAAGGACAAUGUAGAAGCCUCCAGUAAUGCUGAGGAACAGGACAAUAUUGAGGAAACAGAAGUGACGAAUCUAGAGAAGAGUGGAGACAAGACAGAGUAA